AUGAGGAUGCAAUAUUACCUUCAGUUAUUGAUGACGGCCAAUCAGAAAAAUGUAACCAAGACAGCGAUCAAGACAUUGUUGCGACUCUAUGGCAAGCUAACCAAUUCGAUAUUGGAAAAGCAAAUCGUGAUUCUCUGGAUGAUGUUACCAAAAAAUAUAUACUCACGUCGCUUUUACUUCCGAAACUGCCUCACAGGUUUCCCGUUACAGCAGGCAAAUCAGGUAAUAGAAGUUUCCAACCGACAUGGAUCACUGAAGAUGGCUUUGAUUUUUUGGCUUACUCAACGAGUGAAGAUGGGGUCUAUUGCAAAAAAUGCUGGUUAUUCUAUCAUGAAGGAGUUGGUAAAGGAUAUCAUCAAAAUCCAGGUAAAUUAGUCACCACUAGUUGUCGGGAUUGGAAGAAAGCCAUCGAAUUAUUCAAAAAGCACAAGAAUAUGGAAUAUCAUGAAGUAUGCGAUACACGAGCCACAUCAUUUCUCAAUGUAGCGUCUGGUAAGCAGCUUGAUAUUUUGUCACAAUUAGAUAUUCAACGUGCCAACGAGAAAGAAGAGAACAGGGCAGCUUUAAGACCAAUUAUUGAGACAGUGCUAUUUUGCGGAGAGCAGGAAUUACCUUUAAGAGGAGAUAAUGAUAGCGGUGCUUUCUCUUUAGAACGGCCUGAAAAAAAAGAUGGAAAGUUUCGGGCUCUUUUACGUUUUAGAAUCAAUUCGGGAGAUAAGGAAUUAAAAAAGCACAUCACAAACAGUGCAAAAAACGCUACUUAUUUAAGCCCUCAAAUGCAAAAUGAAAUUAUACAAACAGCUUCCGAUAUAGUUACUGAAAAAAUUAUAAACAAAGUUUACAACACUGACUGCUUCAGUAUUCUUGGAGAUGAAACAAUGGAUGUUUCUGGCACUGAGCAACUAUCGAUAUGUCUGCGGUAUGUUGAUUUUACAAAGGACUCGUCCACUCCAGUAUUAAGAGAAGAUUUUGUUGGUUUUGUCCCCAUAGAUGAUCAAUGUUCCGUGAAUCUUAGUAACGUUAUUCUGCAGCGAUGUGAGGAGCUUAAACUUGACAUGAAUAAGUGUGUCGGACAAGGAUACGAUGGAGCCGCAAAUAUGGCAGGUCGUUUGAGUGGAGUUCAGAAAAGAAUCAAAAACCAGUAUCAUAACGCAAGAUAUUAUCACUGUGCAAGUCACCGUUUGAAUCUUGCUGUUGCGAAUGCAAUGUCGAUGCCUGUGAUCCGUAACUGUCAUGGAGUUGUUGGUCAAAUUAUAAAUUUAUUUAGAAACACUUCAAACGCAAACAAGAUCUUCCAGAAAAGCGUUCAAAAGUAUGCUCCGGACAGUAAAAAAAAGCGACUGCUCCGCCUUUGUGAAACUAGAUUUAUUGAAAGACAUGAGAGUAUAAUCUCAUUCAUGGAACUUUUCGAAUGCAUUGCCAUCAGUCUGGAGGAAAUAGCUGGCAAAACAUGGUCUGUAUCUUCUACAGCAUCUGCUCUUAUUGCUGCGAUUCAAAAAAGUGACUUUAUCGUGGGCCUUUUGGUAUGUGAAAAACUGCUAAGUUUAACUCUACCACUGUCAGUAUUUCUGCAGGAAAAGUCUUUGGAUUUCAUCUCCGCUAUAAAUCGCACGAAAGAAAUAAUACAGUCGUUGCGGGACAUUAGAGAAUCUGCUGAUGAUUUCUUUGGACAAAUCUUCUCUUCCGCAUCAAACCUAGCUAAAGACUUUUUUGACAGCGAAAUCCGUGCUCCAAGAUUUGUAUCACGUCAAACAAACCGUGCCAAUCCGCAAACUGCAUCGAGCGAAGCUUACUUCAGAAUUACAGUAUUCCUUCCGUGCAUUGACUCCUUAGUUGAAAAUUUUACGGAACGAUUCCUCGAAAACGAAGAUGUUUUACCGACCUUCCAACUUCUCCUCCCAGGAUUUGCUGAUGUAAGUAAAGCAGAUGAGCUAGACAACUUAGCAUCAUACUUUGAAGAUCAGAUGUCGUCAACGGCAGUGAAAGCAGAAUAUAGGUUGUGGAGCGCAAAAGUAUCGUCAAUUGACAAAUCAUCCGAGGUUUUGAAACUGUUGGAGUAUUGCGAAGGAAAUUAUUUCCGCG